AAAAAAAAAACACGAACGCACGAACGCACAGGAAAAGCUCAUCUCUCAUCAAGACAUGGCGGGAAAAUGUCCGUACUCUCCUCCUCGAUCGCCCCCAAAAUAAAAGCCCUAGACACCCGCGCUGACAAACUCCGCCACCACCUUCGCCAAGCUCUUCCGGUUUUACGUGGCCGUUCGUCGUUUCGGACCUCGCGAAUUCUCUCAAGGAACGGCAACCAGUUUUGUGGAAAUGGCCGGUGCGUUCGAGGAAGAAGCUGAGCAAACCAUCACGAUCCAGGAGUACCUCAAGGACGUCGAGGAGCAGGAAUUGGAAGCGGAUUUGGUAUUGGGUGGUGAUGAGGGUAAGGAUUGUACAUAUUCCCAAGGUUAUCUGAAGAGGCAGGCCAUUUUCUCAUGUUUGACGUGCACACCGGAUGUAAAUGCUGGAUUUUGCACAGCUUGCAGCUUGUCUUGUCACGAUGGGCAUGAGAUUCUGGAGCUCUGGACCAAAAGAAAUUUUCGGUGUGAUUGUGGAAAUUCAAAGUUUGGAGAGUUUUACUGCAAGCUUUUUGCAAACAAGGAUGUGGAAAAUGUCAAGAAUUCAUAUAAUCACAACUUUAAGGGUUCAUACUGCACAUGUGGUCGGCCCUAUCCUGAUCCUGAUGUUGAAGAUCAAGUGGAGAUGAUACAGUGCUGUGUAUGUGAGGACUGGUUUCAUGAGGAGCAUAUUGGUCUAGAAUCAUCUCAUGAGAUUCCUCGCGAUGAAGAGGGAGAGCCUUUAUAUGAGGAUUUCAUAUGCCAAUCAUGCUCAGCUAAUUGUUCUUUUCUGAAAGAAUAUCCUCAAGCUAUAAUGGCUGCAAGGAGGCACUGUGAUGCUACACCAAAUGCCAGCAAGGAUAAAGAUGUUUUGACGCAAACACCUGCAGCUUCUGGGUCAGAGAAAGUUAAGAAUGACGGUUGUAAAACUGAUUUCGUGAUAAAUUCUCAAAACAUCUCUAUUGAAAAUAUUUCGAGCAGUGGCGAAAGUUCUGCAAAUGUUAUGUGCUCAAAUAAUUCUACGAAGGAGGAUGUUCAACAUGGCAGUUGUCUCUUGGGCCCUAAUGUGGAUCUUCAAUCCUCUGUUGGAGACUGCAAACCACUAUUUCUCUCCAAAAGUUGGAGGGAAGUCCUCUGUAAGUGUCAAAGGUGCAUGGAUAUGUACAAUCAGAAGAAUAUCAGUUUUCUGCUUGACAAGGAGGACUCAAUCAUGGAGUAUGAGAAAAUGGCUAAGCAGAAGAGGGAAGAAAAGAUGCAGCAGCUGGAAGGUGUAGAACAGAGUUUAUUAAAUAGGUUAGGUCAUGUGCAAAAGAUGGAGAUCUUGACUGGCAUUGCAGACAUGAAGGAUGAGAUGCGUAAUUUCCUGGAGUCCUAUGAUCCAUCGAAGCCAAUCACCUCUGAUGAUAUCCACCAGGUUUUUGAGAAUCUUGCCAAGAAACGCAGGCGUGUGGAGUGAGCGCUUGUUGGGUCUUCUCUGGCUGUUGCGGAACAGGUAGUGCCAUGACUGUUAAAAUAUCCCUUCAUGGUCUGUUUUAAAUUUUGAUCAGUUUAAAAUAUUUACGCAGCAGGAACAUAUAGUCUACGUCAAGUAAGAAUGUUUCAAGUGUGGAAUGCUGACUUUUGGUGCUGUAGAAAAUCACUUUGCUUAAGGUUAAGUCAAUCAUUUUCACUUUAAUUUCUCAACCAUGUCAAUUAUUCGGAGCGGUUGAUGCUGCAUUUGAUAUCACAUUCUCUGGUACUGGUGCUUGGGUAGACUUGCAUGACCAGAUGUGGGCGUACUUCACUGGGAUGCAAAUUCGUGUAUGUGGCAAAUAGAACCAAGAAACUUGCACUACAAGGUCUCUUAAGAGAGAUCUCUCUGUUGGACCCGUUCUCAGGUCCUUGAACUUCAAGUUCAUUUACCCUUAUACUACUGGCAAAACAGAUCAUAUACUGGUUGGGUCUUUGUUUUUAGGUCCUAGGUCAGUGAAGUAAGCUAAGAGAAGGGUUGGGUGCAACUUGAAUUUGGUCAUUAGGUGCCUUGCCCCUUAAACUUGGAAGCAAUGGCAACAUCUUGAAAUGGCUGUAAGUUACCUAAGUAGUCUCCAAUCAUAUUAUUGUUCCAGGAAAGCGAUAUCUGACUGAAGAUUAUUAAUGAAGGUGAGCCGAGUGGUUUGUUGGAGUUGA